AUGACCGUCUGCCAGGCCUUCGCCGGUGCUCUCGCCAACAAGGGCAUGAACGCACAGCAACUCGCUGUCGCUACUGGGAGUGACCAAACCCGCAUGUCCCAAAUUUGCGCAGGCACUGCGACCCCCACGACCGCAGAAUACAACAAGAUCGCGGGCGCCUUGGGCCUGGGCAGCGUCCCUGCUGGCCACCCUUCGCGUUGA